CGCUUCUUCUCUGACGUCACCGGCUCUGAGCGUCUACGACCCACACGACCGGCUGCUGGACUGGACAGAUGUCAGCGUUGAACCAGCGCAUCUCGAGGACCGAGGGACCGAGGAGGUCACUGAUGACACCUGCCUACUGUCGGACACUUCCCAAUUCCUAACAUGGCAACAGAAAGAAAGGGUUCUACAUCCAAAGCGGGCGGGGUGCAUUUUCCCGAUGACAAGGAGCUCCCUGGCUCUCCAACACGGAGAGAGGACCAGUCAAACCUCUCUGCUCUCAUCGCUAUUCAAGAGAAGGACAGCAGCUACUUGGUUAAGGCGGGCUUCUUGAAGAGCCACCACUGCUAUGAGAUCGUCUUCAGUGUUCCAGACGUGCCCACACUGCUGGGCAAAGAGCUCUCCUGUCUUCCCUCCUCCUCUAGGACCCUGAAGUCGGGGCCCCGCCUCCGGGUGCGUCGCAUCAUCUCCUCAGUAGAGGGAGUAACGGUAACGUGUGAGUACAGGACUCACCAGGAGGGGGUGCUGCAGGAGGAGAUCACCCUGGUGGCUGCGGGGAGGAAAGACAGAAGACUGAAUGUCAGACUCCAGGCCCGAGUCAUCGACCCACAUCAUGGGACUCCCAUGCUGCUUGAAGGGGUGAGGUGCCUGGGUGCUCAGAGGGACGCUCACACAAAGCACAGCGGUGAACGUAAGAGGAUAUGACUUUUUGGAGCAGAGGUUAAACUACUGCCGCCUUGAAGGCCUUUGGUACGAAGCCUGUUGAUAGAGAUAAAUUGAUCUGAUCUAAUAUGGAAAAGUUGAUAAAAGGUAAAACAUCCUUAAAUAGCCUUGAUGGAUGGUCUGUCGUUUUUUUUAUCUGAUGGUAAUAAUCUCAUUAGUAAAGAAGCUCAUGAAAUCAUUGCUACUAAGAGUUGGAGGAGGAACCUCUAUUCAAUUAGUGACAAAUCAUAUUAUUUGUUCCUGGCAUUUCUGAGGGCUUUCUCGGUGGAACGCCACUUCCUUUCUAACCUACGCGACGUCUGUCUUAAACUACGUGUUUGUGCACUGUACCGUGGAGCGAUCCUCCUCUGAUUAAAGGGGCAGUAAGCAUUGAUUUGAUAACUCUCCUGACCUGCACUGUAAUGACACAUGGCAGGGGAGUAAAUAACGAUGGAAUUUUCUUUUUUAAUUAGCUUACAGAGUUAUCUGUAAUAGAACUGAAUCCUAUUACACAUUCAGUGUCAUUAAUAAUUGAAAAUUCAAAUGUGACAAAAAAAUGGUCUGACAGAGGGUUUUUUGAGAGAUAUUUGAAAUGUUCAACUUCUUUGCCCUAUGUUAGAACAAAAUCAAGGGUGUGGUUAAAAGAGUGACAGGGUUUAUUCACGUGUUGAAUAAAACCAAUUUAGUCUUUUUGUGAAUGUUAAUGCAGAACUAAGACUGUUAUUGGCAACAUCCACAUGAAUAUUAAAAUAACCAACUUUAAUGACUAUAUUCUGUGCUAUGUAUUAUCUCAGAUAAAAUGUCUUGUAUUAUGACACUAGCAAAUGAUACAACAAUAUGUUAUUGAGUUUUUAAAAAAUAUACUGCUAAUGCUGAAACAGAGCCCUUAGUUUGCAUGUCAUUAAGUGUAACUAAAUCAAUUGUCCUGACCAAAUAAUUAAGGGAGGCCAAAAAAAAAAUGGGGGGGAUUUUUUUUAUUCAUCAUACAUAUAACCAAAAACUUGUCUGAUUUAAAUAUUUUUUAAAUUAGAUAGUAUGUAUGUGUAUUCAUGAUUGAUCCUCGUCUCCAUGCUAACAUUUCAGCAUACACUAAUAUGAAUUAUCACCUUCUCAUACCAGUGGCUUUACCGCUCAGGUAGAGGUUUCUCUGUAUCGAUUGGCUCUCACACGUAGGAAACAUAUGCUCUCUUAUGUGGUGUGCCUCAGCGUUCCGUAUUGGGUCCUAUUUUGUUUGCUAUGUACAUGCAAAUAUACAUGCAAAUAUUCAUAUUCAAUGUACAAACUCACUAUCUUGCUCAACUGUCUAACUGCCGUUAAAUGGUAAAUGGACUCUAUUUAUAUAACACUUUUCUAGUCUUAUUGACCACUCAAAUCUCCAUCAAUACCUGGAGAUGCUGGAGAUGAUUGUUCAUGCACUUAUUUCUUCUAGACUCGAUUACCGCUAUUCCCUUUUUCACCCGCCUCAGCAAACCAUUUCUUGACUGCUCACAAAUGGUCCAAGAUACGGCCAAGCUCCUAUGUACAUUAGGGUCUUCUGACCAGGGCUUACUAGUUGUAUUAGGAAUACUCUUUCCAUUGAUGUUGAUUUUUUUCUUUUCAUGUUCUGGUUACCUUAUCACUGUGGUGUUCUGUUGUAGGCCUAUGACCUGUCAACUUACAGUAUGUGUCCCUUGCACUAGUCCAUCAGGACUUAACCAUUCGUCUGUAAAUAAAGUCUCCUUUCACAUGUGUACUCGACACAGUCCUGCA